CCGCUGACUGCCUCACAGAAGGGUGGUGUGUGUGUCUCUCUCUCGACCUACACCGUGUGGCCUACCUGUUAACGCCCGUUACCUGCCUGGACGACCACGCCUCAACAUAGCCUGCACUAACCCCUGAAGCACGAGUGUUACACACCGUACAAGAGCACCUCACGAGUCUUCCUUGAGUGUUCCUUCAGUGAUAUAUGACAAGUGCUACUUUAGUGUCUUGUGACAAGUGUUACCUUAAAGGUUCAUACGAAGUGUUACCAGUGUCUGUGCCAAGUGUUACUUGAGUGUGUUGGCCAAGUGUUACACCGGUAGCAGUGUGUUGAACAAGCUGUGGAGGCGGGCAGGUUGAAGGGUGUUACCAAGUGAUUCUCUGAGUGACCUCGACUCUCCACCAUGGGGUUCUCCCCAAUGGACGGGUUCUUCUUGUCAAUGUUCCUGGCGGUGUGUAUCGUGGCAGCGGUGGUCAUCCGCUUCGUGUGCUAUCGCCUGGCGUGCGCCCGCCAGCUGCUCACCCGUGAUGACCAGUCCAUGCUGCCCAGGAACACCACACCCGUCAUCAUGCCAGCACACGCCAGCCGACAGCAACGUACCCCGCAGCUGCCUCACAAUAUCACUGACUCUCCCCUGGUGACUCGAGGUAGUGAAGUUUUUACCAUAUAUACAUUCUCUCAGCAGUCUACACCGGAACAAGAGAGGGCACGCCGCAUCACACCACCACCUAAGUACUCCAUGCUCUCUGACGUACCGCCCAAGUACGAGGACCUCUUCCCUCUACCAAACUGUACCCCCUGCAAAGUUGACAACUGCCUCUCCCCCGCCUCCCUCCACCACCUCCAGCACUCAUCAUCCGCUCCUCCCUCUUAUGCGUCCUACACAACAAAGCCACCAGCCCUUACCAGCCCUAGUGACAGCAGCUGCCCUGUUCCCACCACCAGCAACACUCCCACCACCUGCUCUGCUGACACCAGUAUUCCUAUUCCAUCCACCAACCCAGACAACGUCAUUACCCCUGACGACAGUACCAGCUCCCCUGACUCCUCUCACCCUGCUUACACCACUGACACAAUCAGCCAUACUCCCACCACCAGUCAGACCGACACCACUGGUCCUCUCCCCUCCACGUCUUCUACAACAAGCCCAGCCAACACCUACACCAGCAGCGGCACACAAACCAGCCUCUCGCUCUACCCUCCUCCCGUCAUCAGGGUAGAACCUGCUGAUGACCUGCCGCCCCAUAGCACUAUUCUUGUGCCUGAGGACAGUGAUUAAAACUGGCGAAUCUCUUAUAAAACUUUGGGCAUUGCAAAUAUAGCGUCCUCAUCUUACUAAGUCAUGUUACUAAAAGACAAGAGGAAACGAGCCCCCGCCUCACGGCCACCUGAGGGAAGUCUCGCCCGGGACAUCUCUGGAGACACUGUGGUCAGUCGGGACCCGCUCUUACUCUGUGUGAUAAUAAUGUACACAUAUCUUCCUGAUGGUGCUAUGACGUGUGCUGCCUGCUGAUGGUGCUACAACACACGCUGCCUGCUGAUGGUGCUACAACACACGCUGCCUGCUGGUGGUGCUACAACACACGCUGCCAGCUGGUGGCAUAAGGGUCUAGUAGGCCCCACACCAACUCCUGCCUCGCUAGUGUACCAGACACCAGAAAAGUAUAGGAGAAUGUAAUCUGUAAGGACAUAACCCAACCAAUGUUUUCGAACUACUGUACAGUGCCACAAUGUUACCAAGUAGUGUUGCCACUUGCCACCUACCAAGGUCUCAAUCAAGUGACUAGUAUUUAUCAUGACUUUAUUUGCGUUAUGGUUUUAUGUGCUGGCAUAUAUGUAAAUUAUUAUCUCUGAACUGAAAUGACAAGCUGUGACAAUAACUAGUGAUAGUAAUAUUUAUUUUUUUAAGUUUACAGGCUGAUAUUCUGGAAUACUGAUGAUUGAGGUGUUGCAGAUGUGAGGGGUCUCUUUGGUUACGGUGUCAUGAGAGUCAGUGCCAGUGUUGUACCACCCGACACUUCAGAGGCGUCACAGAAGGGGAGAUAUAGCACCACAUAUGAUGACAACUCUAUUAAGAGCCAGAUGGGUGGUGGUGGUGUGCGAGAGCCAGAUGGGUGGUGGUGGUGUGCGAGAGCCAGAUGGGUGGUUGUGGUGUG